UUUUUCUUUAUCGUUUUAUCUGAUCGAUAUGAAUGCUUCUCAAGCCAGACUAUCCUUGGUAGCAAAACAUUUAACUACCUCAUCAUCACCAACAAAUAUAGUAAGAACAGCUACAGCGAAACCUCCUACUUUUAGAGAACGAAACGAUUAUAAAUACUUUUUACCCAUUCAAACCAGAUGGACAGAUAACGAUCAAUAUGGACAUAUCAACAACUCUAUCUACUAUCAUUAUAUUGACACUGUUGUGAAUGAAUAUCUAAUAAAAUAUUGUGGAUUGGAUCCUUUAGAUAAGAGCCAGACGAAACCUAUAGGCUUAGUGGUUCAUUCUUCAGCCAACUUUUAUGCACCUGCAUCAUAUCCUUCAGUGAUGGAAGCUGGAUUGGUGAUUUCUAAAUUGGGGAAAUCAUCGGUUACUUAUCGGGUAGGUAUAUUUGAAAAGAAAAGCAAUAAUGGCAAUAACGACGAACAUAAUCUGGCUUCUGUUGUGGGUGGAUUUACGCACGUGUUUGUGGAUCCAAAAGCUAGAAAACCUGUGGUCUCUUUACCUACUGAAAUCUUGGCGGGUCUUCAACCAUUGAUUGUUUGAUUGAUUAGUUUAGAAUGUAGUUUAUACCUCUUUUUAUACGCAUUUCAAUAAACAAGUUUUUUUUUUU